GGGGCGGCUGUUGUUGUGGUGCAGUCACAGAAGCAGCCCGUGCUCCUGGCUCCUCUGUGUGCGUGAAAACAUCAGCAUUAGCGGCGCAUUUCUGCACAUUCGGCACGUUUUGGCCUAUUUUCCCGGUCCUUUCCACUUUUGCACUUAUCUUUGGCUCUUUACACACGCGUCAUGGUGCUGUCGACGUCGCAGCAGGUUGCUCUCGUGUUCACUGCGGUGCUCUUUACGUUUGUGGUCCUGCCCAGGAUGUUCGGAGUCGGCGGAGGAGGAGGAGGAACCGGAGCCAAAGAUGCUCGUUUGGAUUCCCGCUACAACAGAAAAGGUCCAGGCCCGGGGGCGGUGAGGGGUACUCCAGUCCAUAUGAACUCUCCUGGUGCCCAGUCUGCAGAAAACCUGCAGAACAUGAAGAAGCUGAUGGAGCAGGAACUCAAAUCAGACAAAUACAAGAGCAACAGCAACAAAGGCUACGUGUUCACCUUAAUGCCAUUGUACGCGAUCGGGGUUGGAGUGUUCGCCGCAUACAAGUUUCUGAAGAUAAAGUCUGCAGAUGACCAAGCCCAGAAGGAGAAACUGGCCAAAGGAGCAAAGAAGUCUGUGGAGGCAGAAAACCAGUUGAACGAGCUGGAGCAGAGGCUGGCCCAGACUGAGCGAAUGUUAAACUCCAUCCUCACUCAGCUGGACCCUCUCACCAACUGUGUGAAGUCUGUGGCCCAGGAUCAGAAGAAUGAAAUCAUGAACCAGCUCCAGACCAUUCGAUACCUGAUGAAAAAGAGAGGGAUGGACUGCCCCCCGCUCAAUGUACAAGACAGCUCUUGUGAACAAAACCUGGACAGUCUGAUCGAAUCCUUGGGGACCAAAGAGACCCUUGCAGGAAUGACUCCCACACCAAUGCAGCCGAUAUCCGAAGAAACUGCAACAGAGGAGCAGGAUUUGUGCGAAAAAAUGCCCAAAACUGCAGAACAAAAAGAAGAGAAGGAUGGAGAGAUGACAGCUGAGGAGGAACAAGAAGGAGCAGGGCUUGAGGAGGAAGAGGCGGGGCUAGAUGAAGAAGAAGAAGAGGAGGAGGACAUGCCUUUAUUGGAGGAUGGUUGUGAAACGAGCGUAGAGGAGAUCGGAGCAGAGCCAGUGUCCAGUCUGAGGAGACGUAACAGACCAGAGUGAACUGUGGAAUAUAGGGUUAAAUUAUGAAAAUUUAUUAUUUUUAAAUUGUUUUUAAAAUUAUAUUUAUCAAACACUAAUUUCACAUAGAGAAAAUCUGACUGAUAAGAUUUUCAUCAGUGAAGGAGAAGUAAGUCAUUUGGUGGCAUUUGGGACAUCAAGAUUAUUCAGUUAAAGGUGCUGUACCUGGUUUUUACUGUCUUAAAAUGUGAAAGACAGAACUAGUUCAUUUUUCCAGAGGUCCAAAGUUCAUCCUUACUUACCUUAUGCAUUCUGACCAUCCUCAUUAUUCACCAGAAUUAGUUUAUAUGCACUUUCACAACUUUUUUGUUUUGUAACAACAACAAAAACUAGCAUGAUAGCCACAUUCUUCUUGAUUCGUAGACAAUAAAAUUCUUGGACUUAGAUGUAGACAGUACACAGCUGAUUUUUUUUGACCUCAUAUAUGUGUGUACUGGAGCAAAACAAUCUUCGCUCCAAUACAUGGGUGUAAGGCAAAGCAAGGCAAAUUUAUUUGUAUAGCACAGUUUGUAUACAAAGUAAUUUAAAGUGCUUUACAGAAUAAGAAAAUAAAAUCACUAUACAACAAAGCAAAACAUAAAUAAUCAUCAUAAAAUUAAGAUUAAAAGAAGAUUGCAGAAUAAAAACCUUUCAGUCGUAUGCACAGCUAAACAGAACCGUUUUGAGCCUGGAUUUAAACAUUGUCAAAGUAAAGGCCUGUCUCACAUCUUCAGGAAGACUGUUCCAGGUUUUAGCUGCAUAAAACUUAAACGCUGAUUCCCCAUGUUUAGUCCUGACUCUGGGCACCAGCAGGAGGCCGGUCCCUGAAGUCCUCAGAGUGUGAGAUGGUUCAUAUGGCACUAACAUGUCAGAGAUGUACUUUGGACCUAGGCCAUGGAGAGACUUAUACACAAGCAGAGCUGCUUUAAAGUCUAUUCUUUGAGCUACAGGAAGCCAGUGCAGAGACCUGAGCACAGGACUUAUGUGCUCGUACUUCCUGGUUCUAGUCAGGACCCGAGCAGCAGUGUUCUGGAUGUACUGCAGCUGUGUUAAGGCUCAUUUGGAGAGGCCAGUGAGCAGGUCAUUACAGUAGUCUAACCUACUGGAGACACAUGCAUGGAUAAGUCUCUCUAAGUCUGGCUUUGACAGUAUACCUUUGAUUUUUGCAAUGGUAAAAAGCUACAGAUGUUAUUGAUUUGAUGUGGCUGUUAAAGUUCAAGUCUGAGUCCAUUAUUACCCCUGGAUUUCUAGCCUGAUUUGAAGGUUUUAGAGAGAGAGACUGGAGGUGACUGCUGACACUUUCUCUGUUUCUGUGGGCCAAAGAUGAUGACUUCAGUGUACAGGCUUUAAUAGUUGGCAUGGACCUGAGGAAAUGAAUCGUCUGCAUUUGACCAAUCCUUCAGUGUCUUUGGGUUAAACCUGUCGUAGCAGUGGGACCCAUCUCUUAAUCAUGAGCCAGGUUUGAUCAGAACUACCUUAGCGGGACAAGUUUAAGAUGAUAAGUUUUUGUUUUGUUACAGAUGAAAAACAGAUGAGGCCAAAAUUAUUUCUUUCUUCUGCUUUUGGACAUUGUUAACUGCUGCUGACAAGAAAACUCAUUCAAAUAUUUAAAGUGGGACUAAACACUUAAACUGCUCCAACAACCACAUUUCAAAUAGAGCUGGGAGGAGGGGAAGUGUCUGGAAGUACAAGGUAUAACAGUGUGAUUGGUCUAACAGGUAUCCACACUUCAAACUCCACCCCUGCAGCCAGGUGUUUAUAAUCAGAAACACCUGACUGUAAUCAUGGCAGUCCUGUGUGAUGUGACAUAGUACUUGAAAUUUAAGUGGCCACUGGAGGCUGCACACACUCUUACCUAGUUUGUACUAAAAUUGCCAAAACAUGACCAGGAAUAGUAGACAAUGCUAUUCAAACACGCACAGAGUUUAGUAGCAAAAAAAGAUUUAGUGUUUAGCUCCACUCCAAUUAUUUGAAAGUCUUAACCUUAUAGUGUCUGAUACUAUCGUCACCAAUAGAGCGCGGUUGCGGAUUUUCCAUUACCGUAACUCCGCAACCAAUUGUGCUAUCAUGUAAAUUCAAACGGCAUCUCAAAGCAGAGGCAUGGGGCUCUUUAAAUAUUUGACCGGCAUUACAGUAAUCUGCCUCUGUCGUCCUUCGAAGGUGACGAGUGAGAGCGCAGAUGCCACAGGGAUUUUCCCUGUCACUUAUUCGAUGCGUCAAAGAAAAAGUACGGAUGGAUAUGUAAAAUAGAGGUAGUUGUGUGAAAAAAUGCAGUACAUUCUGAUACUUCCUUUAACAUGAACAUGAAGUCUAGGUGAGCUAUACUGGUCUAUAGGGUGCUCAGUCCUUAAAGGGUUAACACAUGCAUUUGUUUAAUCUUAAAUUAUUUUAUAUUUGCUAUCAAUUUCAAUCAAUUAGAAACCCCAAAUUUUACAAAUUUUCCCCAUAACAUUGUUGUGCAUUUUGAAUUUUGCGUACAGUGGUCCCUUGUUUAUCGCGUGGGUUAUGUUUCAAAAAUAACCCGCGAUAAAUGAAAUCCGCUAAGUAGAAAACCUAAUUUUUUACAAUUAUUAUACAUAUUUUAAGGCUGUAAAACCCCUCACCACACACUUUAUACACUUUUCUCAGACCGACAUUAACAUUUUGUCACAUUUCUCUCUUGUUUAAACACUCAAAGUUUAAACCUUUGUAGAUAUAAAAAAAAGUAAGCACAGUAUUAUAGAACAAAACCAAAUACUAUACUGUGCUGUAAAUAGAAAUGACAGCUUUUAGAAAUACUGUAACAAAUUUAAUUUUAAAGAUAAGCCCACGAUGUUGUACACAUAAGAAAUGAUUAAUAGUGACUCAGGUGUAUUUCACAGUUCCUCUGACUGCACCUCUUCGUCCUGGUGCUUCUCCACUGUAAUGUCUCGUAAUGUUCUUUUUCCUGCAGUUACUGAUCCACAAAGCUAAAGCAGACUCCAUCCGCUCAAUGGUCUUGUUGCAGUUACAACCCUUUUUGCAUCCAUUUAAAACUUAUUGCUGCUGUUGUCCUUAUUUUCCUCCUUAUUUAUGUGAUUAACUGAAGAAUCAUUUAUUCCAUAAUGGCGCCCUACAGCUGCGUAACUUCUAUCUACCCUAAGCACGUCCUGCUUAAAUAGACCAACACGGCAGGACAGUUACAUCUCGUCUUUAUUCAACAACUGCACUCAUCUCAUCUCAACUGGUGCACGCCCUGUUCACGUUGACUGUUUUUUUUCAGUGUGCUCCUCAAAUGCGCUAUACCGCAACAAUAAGUAGGAACCAAUAUUAUGAAGAAAGUAAAUAAUGUAAUGUACAUAACAUUAAUAUAAUAAAUAAUAUUCAGAAUCACAGAAUCACAAUGCACGUUCAUACACUCUAAAAAAAACAUGCAGAAUUGCUCAAAAAAUUUGCGAAACAGCGACACUGGAAAAAGUGAACCGCGAUAUAGUGAGAGACAACUGUAUAUGCAACAUUAGACAUAACACUGCAGUUGCCUAUAGAGAAAGAGAAUAGGUUUAUCUAAUUAUCACCUCUCUGUUUCCACUGAGAGUUCAUGCUUCACUGUGUGUGUGGUUAAAUCCACCUGUGACUUAUUCAGAGCAUGACAGAGGCUGACCAAUAGGAGGAGAGCAAUGUUUUACCAUAGAACUGCAUUAGAAAAACAAUCGACAUAGACCCAUCAAACAGUUUGAUUUCAUAUUUCCCAAAUCUCAGCUUUUUGUUGAAAUUUGUUUAAAUAUUUGAGUGGUAUUUUUAUUUAUUUUUUUUUACAUUACAUAGCCUUUCCAUCAAUUUAAAUGUGCACUAUGUAACUUUUCUGGUGGGGGGUGGUGCGUUGCCUGUAAUGCCCUACAGUAUGGCAUUAAAGAUCAGUAUAAAUCCAUUCAAUUACAGAUAUCAUUUGGCUCAAAAAUAAUUAGAAAAAAACCCACAAUUUUACAGUGAGAAGGAUUGCCUCUUCACAGAUCUGACCUGUAACUUGGAUUGGUGUCACUGUUCUUAUCCAUGGAGAUAAGUUUAAUGCUAUGCUAUGGAACAAGUUAGAAAAAUCAAUAACGUCUCUGUGGAUACAGGCAGGUGGUAUACACUGACAUUCAGAAAGUGACAUUGUGCCCCUUAUAAACUAAAUGCACAUGAGCUGUAAAAUAUGUGAGUUACAGUCUAGUUUAAAGUUGUUUCAAUGUUCAUGUAUUAAGAGUUUAUGAGAAAGAUUUCAAGCCAUGAGUCUAGUCCUGCACAUAGUUAAAGUUCUCCAAUUCCUGCCUACUAUUUGCUUUUUACCACUCAGGACUAGACUAUGAGAGGACUGUGACUGGACUAUGACUAGACUAUGAGAGGACUGUGACUGGACUAUGACUAGACUAUGAGAGGACUGUGACUGGACUGUGACUGGACUAUGACUAGACUAUGAGAGGACUGUGACUGGACUGUGACUGGACUAUGACUAGACUAUGAGAGGACUGUGACUGGACUAUGACUAGACUAUGAGAGGACUGUGAGUGGACUAUGACUGGACUAUGAGAGGACUGUGACUGGACUAUGACUAGACUAUGAGAGGACUGUGACUGGACUAUGACUAGACUAUGAGAGGACUGUGACUGGACUAUGACUAGACUAUGAGAGGACUGUGACUGGACUGUGACUGGACUAUGACUAGACUAUGAGAGGACUGACUGGACUUUGACUAGACUAUGAGAGGACUGUAACUGGACUGUGACUGGACUAUGACUAGACUGUGACUGGACUAUGACUAGACUAUGGACAAUGACUGGACUAUGACUAGACUGUGACUAGACUGUGACUGGACUAUGACUAGACUAUGGACAAUGACUGGACUAUGACUAGACUGUGACUAGACUGUGACUGGACUAUGACUAGACCAAGACUUAGCCAGGGCUAGAGCAGCAUUUCACAGGACUAAACCAGGAUUGGACCAGAACUAGACCAGGACUAAACUGGGAUCAGACCAGAACUAAACCAGGACUAACAAUGUGCCUGAUUGGACAAAAAGGCGAGCCUAUUAAGAGCUUAUUUUUUAGUUAUCACCAGGGAAAAUGCUACAAAAUACCUACAUUAUAUUAUACAGUCUCAUGUUUUACUACACCAUGAAUGAUAUAAAGAUAAUUGAUCUUGAAAUGAAAACCAGAUACAGGCCCUUUAACCAUAAGGAGGCUGCACACAUCUGAGUUUGAGUUGGUAGGGCAUGUGACUUAUUUUUACACUGAAUUUGCUUCUUGUUAUGAAUGAUUGCAUGCAUAGCUUUUUUUUUUUUUGUCCUGUUUCUGCAUGUUUUUAUACUGUUGUUCAAAUGUUGUUUCAUUGACAAUCACCUACACCCAGAAUGCACCGUUUCAUUUUGCUGCUCAGUAGGGUUGUCGGUCAGAUACUAAUUGAUACUAAAACUAGUAUCGAAACUAGAUACUCAUUCGAGCAGAUAUCACUACUAAACAAGGCACAUUCAAAGGACAGAAAUGAACCUUUCCUGAAAAGCUUUAGAAUGAUCUUGAGCUGUAUCAGAACAAGUAUAAGACCACAAAGACAUAGUUAUGCCCAUGGACCACUGAGGGUAUGGUCAACAUUAACAGGUAGUGCUACCUGUUAAUGUUGAAAAUCACAUUCUAUUGUCUAAAUAGAGACUCUUUAGUAUCGAAAUUGAGUUUGAAAUUCUAGUAUCGUGACCACAUUACACAGCUUUGAAAAAAACUCCAAAGAUGACAAAAUAAUUCUGCUACUUUGAAACAGUUGGAGAAAAACCUUUGAUUGUGAAGUCUUACCAAUGAGUUCAGCAUUUAAAACCAAAACCUCCAGUGAUAUAAUGUAGUUUUCAGUGUUCCCCUUUAUCUUACAGAUUUACCCAAUUUCAGUUACAAGCCUUAAAGGUACACAAUGUAACUUUUCUGGCAGAGGAUCUGCCAUCUGCUUGUCUCCAUGGAGAUGUUAUGUUCCACAGUAAAGCAUUAAACUUUUUCAUUUUAUUUAAUUACAGAUUUAAAUAAAGAAGUAAAUAAAGUCAAAUGUGUCAGUUCUUAUUGUCAAAUUGAAACUCCUGUCUGCAUCUAAUUUGAAAGUGUUUUUAUCGCCCACAAACCAGGAAGUUAGGCUGGUGUGCUGUUCAUACUCUGCUGUUAACAUUACUGUGACGACAAACUCCGCUCUUGCUUCUGAGAGUUGUGAAAAGUGCUUAUAAACUCCUCAUGGUGAAUAAUUAGGAUGUUCAGAAUGCAUAAGGUAAGUAAGGAAUAACUUUGGACCACUGCAAAAUGUUUGAAAUGAACUAGCUCUCUUUUUCAUGUUUUGAAGACCGUUUGAAGAAGUGCUUUUAAUGCUAUUCUGUGGAACAUUCAAGGCAAACAAUAACAUCUCUAAAGUUGCAUUGUGCACCUUUAAAUUUUUUUUUUCUUUUCAUGUUUUUAUUUGAUUAUCAUCUUGUUAACAGUUUGACACAUGAUGAGCCUUACUCUUUAAACAUAAAACGUACAUGUUUCUUUGGUUUAUCGCCACCUCUGUCACAUGUGUGAUGUUUGUAAAAUUACAUUUGAAAUAAAAGUCACUUUCCAUC